AUUAAGAAAAGAAAAAAGAAAAAGAGUUAAGUAGAGAGCGCCAGAGUGAGAGGGAGAGUGGCGCGGAGUCAGUACGAUACCAAAAGGUUUGUGAGCGAAAGCGAGAAGGUGGCAAUGGGCUUAUUUAGCAAAAAGAAGUCCACCGAUGAUAGCGCCAGCUCGGAUUCCAAUAACGACCAGGCCCUGGCGCGGCAGGAUCCACGCACUCGGGUGCAGACGAAGAGCGCUGCCAGCGUGACGACCAACACGGCUGUGCAGAGCUCCACGAUCAUUGAUAGCAACGCAAAUACAGUAACGUACCGGUCGACCACACAGACAGUGACUCACAGCCAGAAAGCGUGUGUGACGGAAAUGAUAACGCGCCGCACGCCGAGCCCUGCCGAACUGGAGGAGUUGAUGGCACAGCUGAGGACGGGCAGCCGGGCUGGUAGCUCCUCGACCUCCACAACGACAAGCAGCAGCAACAAACGCGUUAGUCCAACUAGUCUGAAUGGUGUGGCUUUGCGUUCGACCACUUCGUUCAAGCCCAAUGCGGAGGCCAGGAGAUCCAGCACUCUGGUCAAGUCGGAGCAAACAUCUGUGUCGCAGAAGAAGGGACGCACUGUCACUCAGCAUGUGGAAACCCACCGGGUGGUGCUGAGCCCCAGCAGCAAGACUAGCUGGCCGCCCAAGACGACUGCCUCAACUUCUAGUGCCAGCUCGUCUGCAUACAAGCCUUAUGUGUCGCCAUUCGCGCUGAAGCCAAUCGAUUCAACCUAUGUAUCGCCGUAUGCAUCAAAGACGACCACUGGAAUCGGCUCUGCUUUUUCUAAGCCCUCGGUAGUUACGCCGUCAGCGCUGCCCAAGACUUCGGGUAGCAGUUCUUUUUCGUCCAGGCCCACAACAACUAGCCUUGUGCUCCCGAAACAUUCAUCGGCGAGCUCCGUGAUGUCGAAGCCUACCACAAGCAGCGCUGUUCUUGGUACAAAGUCCACACUGUCGACCCCAAAAACAACAGUUGGAAAGCCUUUCAUAAGCCUUAAUCCAAUUAAAGGAGGCGCGCUUAAAUCAUCCCUAAGCACUACAAGCACCUUGGAUGCCCAUGGGGAAAUGAAUCCAACAAAGUCCGGGUAUGGCCCAAUACCUAAAGUCAAGCCGGUUCCGAAGAAAAAACUGAAGCCUGCAGAGGUUAUCAUUUUCAACAAUGAGCGUUUCGACAACAGCAAUGAGUUCCGUUCGGGAAGCGCCAAGGAUGUCGAAUCGUUGGAGAAAACCUUUGGCACACUACUCAAGUGUAAAGUGAAGACCGUGACGAAUCCAACGGUAAAUGAUAUCAGAAACACAGUGGAAAAAUUGGAACAAAAAAGCUUUGAGGAUCGUUCAGCACUGGUGUUGGUCAUAUUGAGUCACGGUCAGCGAUAUGAAACGAUAGCCGCCAAGGAUGGGGACUACAAGUUGGAUGAUGAUAUAAUAUUUCCAAUAUUGCGCAAUCAGACGUUGACCAACAAGCCAAAGAUCCUAUUCGUGCAAGCGUGCAAGGGCUCCAGGGAGUUGGGCAAAUUCAAAACAGACGCCAUCAAGCCACAUGGUAAUCCCAGCGAGAUUCUCAAGUGCUACAGUACCUAUGAGGGGUACGUUUCCUAUCGCUUGGACACCGGCACGCCCUUUAUACAAAUACUGUGUGAUACAUUAAAGACGAAACCAAAUGUGGACAUUGAAGCUAUUAUGAAAGAUGUGAUGAAUUUGGUCAAAAGCUAUACUCAGGGUAGUCAAGUACCAUCGGUAACCAGUACGAUGACCACCAAAUAUGUUUUUGGUGAUUACGUUUGAGCGGCCUCAGUUAAUAUUUAAAGAUGUUGCGACUUGGCACAGGUCUAUAUCA